UAGCGCUGCAGGCCCACGCUCAGAGCUUGUCACGUACUCACUGAUGCCUACACAUGCAUGAAAGCCAGAGAAAUGAAGAAAGCGGAGAGAUAGAGAGAUGGACACAAGAAUGAGGAGACAGAGAGAGAGGGGUUGUGAGUGCGAGGGAGUGAGGGAGAUGGCUUUCCUCCCAGUGACAGGUACUUGUUUGUUAUGUGAGAGAGCCCAAAAGCCUCCUAGUGCAGUAGUACUUGCCAGAGCUUAUAGUGUACUAUGGGCUCCCCCAACCCUUCCCCAAGAAUUUACUACAACAUCACCAUGGACGAUGUAUCCGCACCUCCUUUUCUCCUCCUCCCUCCCAUGCAUCUAGCACACAGGCCCCCACACCCCCUCCUAACAAACCGCGCACGAUAGUAAGGUGACAAUUACCUUGCCCCAUCUAUCAGCAUGCGAAACCUAUCGCUCGUAUACAUUUGGCACUCCUCCCUUCAGCGACAUGAGCACAGACCUUCUUGCCCUUUCUAUUCCCUACCUCUUCUCUCUCCCUAGCUAGUUCUGCCUUUCCUCCCCUCCAUGAUAUUGAGGGGGUUCCUCUUCUUCCCAGUUGCAUCUCGUUGCUGCUAGACCAGCUGCUGAGACAUUGUUUCUACUUUGCAUCGCAAGAGCUCGGGAAAUCGUGUGCCUUUCUCCAACUAACCUGGUUUGCAUGGGCGGUGGUGGCGGUGAAGGCGGUGGCGGUGGCGGCACGGCUCAUGACUUCGCCAACGUCGCAUCCUUCUCCGAGUUGCCGUUCCUGCGCUCCGGUGCCGCUCCACGCGAAAGCCCCAACUCUGGCAUCCGCCUCUUCGGCAUUGACGUCCCGCAUGCAUCGUCACCUGAGGGCAGGACUACAGAAUCCCCCGGCGCCGGCAUCACCCCUGCUGCCGCCACGCAGAGCAGCAGUACUACCAUCGCCGCCCCCGACAGCAACCGCAAGUUCGAGUGUCACUACUGCUGCAGGCACUUCCCGACGUCGCAGGCGCUCGGCGGCCACCAGAACGCGCACAAGCGCGAGCGGCAGCAUGCAAAGCGGGUGCAGAUGCAGUCCGCUAUGGCUGCUGCUGCCGCGGCAGCUGGCGGUGCGCACCACCACCACCUCCUCGGGUACCCGCAGCACCGCUUCGGUGUUGCAGGCCCCGCGGUGGCGACAUUGUACCCGUCGUGGCCCACGGUGAACGGCGGGGCAGGCGGCGUCUCCUAUGGCCCGCAGUUCUACAGAGGGAUCGGGUCCGUCGGCCAGCCGAUCAACGGGAACCCUCUGCCUGCUGGGGCGCUGUGGCGGGGGCCGCUGCAGGCUGCGCAUGGGAACACAGGCAUGCCGUUGGCAGGAGAGCGGCGGCCAGUUCCGCGGUCGUCGUCCAUGUUCGGAGCAGAUGAGCCGCCGAGAGCUUCGGCUUCAGCUUCUCUUGGGGCGUCUCCCUCUUCUUCUUCCUCUUUGCUGCUACCCCCACAAGGUCAGUUUGCUUGCGAGCAGCCAGCGACCACCGCAGCCGAGGGUGUGAGCUUAGAUUUGCAUCUAUAAGCGCCUGCUUCUCUCGGUUUUUAGUGGAUUGCUACUCCGAGAACUGAUUUCCCUACCUCUUUGCUUCCGUGAAAUUACCCUUUGCUGAACUUGGUCGUGCCUGAUAUUACCUUUUUUCUGCUCUCUGCGACACGUGAGAAGAAUUCUGUUCAUCAAGGCUUCGAUCCUUUUGCUUACAUGCACACAAAAGAACAAAUUGGGUUAUAUGAUUAGGGUUUAUCAGGACAGAUUUCUACCUUUCAACAAGCCAACUUUAUACUACAAUAUUAAUUGAAAAUUCGUUGGAACUCUUUCACUUAAAUGAAGCUGAGACCUGAGUACGCUGAAACUGUUGGAAUAUAUCAUGUGAUUAAUUUUAGGAAUUAAGAAGUGGACAUUUUCUUGCUAUUUGAAGAGCAAACUGUACAAAUUCCUUCCCCAUAAAUUCUUGAGUCAUUCAACACCUUCUGUGUUUCUGACGGACGACAAUAAGUUUCAAGAGACUACAACGAAUAGAACAGAUUGUAGUAUAGCAUUCACAUAUGUGGGGAUCAUUUCAUUUCAUGGAAAAUGAUUGCUUGCUUUC